AUGGAUACAACCAAAUUAUUGCUGCAGGACUUGUUCUUAAAUUACUCCAAAGAUGUCAUCCCCGUUAAAAACCAAUCCAAACCAAUAACUGUGUACAUGGACCUAAGCUUGGUUUCUAUUAACGACUUCGACGAAGUAGCAGGGACGAUCGCGAUAGUAGCAAUCCUACAUAUUUCCUGGAAGGACGAAAGUUUGGUAUGGAAUACCUCAAUGUACGGGAACACAACGCUGCUGACAUUCCCCCAGACUAAACUAUGGCUACCAGAGAUGUUUCUACUCAACCCCGUCGACUCUAAUGAACCAAUUAGCAACACACAUUUCAAAGUUACGGUAGCCAACACUGGAAAUGUUUUGUGGCUUGCUGGCGGAUUGUUUAAAGCAACGUGUACACCCGAUAUUUCCAAAUUUCCAUUUGACCAACACACCUGUACUCUAGAUGUGAGUCCAUGGGGAUUUUCUUCUGAGCAGGUGACGUUGGUAAUACCGUCACCAACUAUUCAUUUCCCAUUUUAUUCCAUGAACAGUGAAUGGGAUGUAAUAGGAUCUAAUACAACAGUUUGGUCGGACGCAUUUCCAAUUGGAAAAUACUCUAUAACUAUCAAGCGACGUUAUUUGAAUUUCGUGGUCAGCGUGGUGAUUCCCAUAAUCAUGUUAGCUCUCGUGAACCCGUUUGUGUUUGUUCUACCAUUUGACUCUGGAGAGAGGGCGUCGUACAGUAUGACAGUGUUACUGGCCUUCACGGUGUAUAUGACAGUGGUGAGUGACAGGAUGCCGGCCUCCUCCUUCCCCAUAUCCUACCUGGCCUACUAUAUACUGUCCAUGCUCACUAGCAGUGUUCUCAUUGUAAUUGUCAACAUAUUUCAAACCCGAACGUACGGUAAAGACGAUGCCGUCCACUCCGUCCCACGAUAUAUUAGCAGAUUUAUAACGUUUUUUCGGUGGAAAUUCAGAAGUAACAAAAUUCAUACUAAAGAACAGAGUUUGUCAGUACAAGUCAGCGGGGAAUGCAAAACAGUAAAGGAUGGAGAAAAUGUCCCUCAACUACAGAAACCAGAGUCGCUCAAUAAGACUGAACCAUUGGACGAGAAGAUGUUUGAAGUAGAGAAUAAAUCGAAUAAUAAGGCAUAUUCACCGACGUGGUAUGUGGUAGCAAAGAUAGCGGAUAUGGUAUACUUUGCCAUGUUCUCGAUUAUAACAGUCGUUGUAACUAUUGCCCUUUUCGUAGUAAUUACUUCAUAA